UAGAUGCGUUUUAUUACCUCUUAUGAUUCUAAGCAAAGUUUGUCGCUCUGUAAGCAAGCCGAGAGAUACUACUUAUUUGUACACUUAUAAGUUUUAUCAGUCUACCACGGAAGUUGAAGCAUCUCGUUAAUUGUUUCGUUUUAAAGUAAUACGAUUGUUCUCGGAGGUAGAAGCACUAAUGACGUUGACGAGAUACCAGAUACGGAACGAAUACGGCUUGGCGGAUAAGGAGAUCUACAGCGAUAAGGAAGAUGCUGAAGUUUUGCUCGAAGGUUCAUCAAUGGCCGGACUCGUCGGCCUUUUGCGCCAGCUUGGCGACCUCGCUGAGUUUGCUGGUGAAGUGUUCAAUAAUCUGCAUGAAGAACUAAUGACAACUGCAGCUCGAGGACAAGGUUUGGCAGUUCGUCUUCAACAGCUUGAAGCAGAAGUUCCCAACUCAGUUGAGAUACCUAUUCUGUCUCAAACAGAUCAUUCAACUUUCUUUUACGAUCCAGGAUUGGAAUGGCAUUCUACUUUGAAAACAGAAGAACAUCUAAUUUCUCCACACAAGUUGCCUCAUUGUAUAAUUGAUUCAUAUGAGGAAUGCCGUGGUCCGCCGCAGCUCUACCUUCUUGACAAGUUUGAUGUUGAUGGGUCUGGAUCAUGCUUGAAGCGUUACUCUGACUCAUCUUUGUUGAAGACGCUUGCUGCAUCACAACUCAGCAAAGAUGAGAGACCAAGCAAACCAAAGAAGAAAGCAUCACACAUUAGUAAUGGAGAGAGAACACUUGGGGAUUCACAAACAUCACAUGCUAAGUUGAAUCAGCUCUUCUUAAUGGACCAUGCUGAAGAUCCAGAAAUCACAGUUAAACUAAAGAGAAGACAUCUGAAUGUACCUCCUCCAAUUAACUCAAGCUAUGGGACUGGUUACAUGGAGAAGUUCGUGAAGAAUUCUUUGCCCUACUGUGAAAGAGUUCAUGAGACACUGGAUCAGUCAUCUUCAGCAAUGGAAACUGAUGAAGUUACAACAUGCAACGUACGAGUAGACCUAUCAACACCUUCUUUGGUUUAUCCAAGCAAUGGAGAGACUAGAAAAGAGAGGGAAAUGGAAGCCAUUGCUGAUGAUGAAAGAGAGGGAGGAGGAGCAAUAGUUUGUGUAGAAAGAAGCUCUUCUGUGAACAAUGACACAUAUGCACCACCUGCUUCCACAGAUACGGAAGCAGACAAAGAUGAUGUGACUCAAACAGGGGUCCUGGCUUCUAAUGUUUUGCACCACUCAACGGAGGAAGGAGUAUCUGAAGGUGGGACCAAAGAUGUUCAAACAAAUGACGUUGAGGAUGAUCAUUCUCAACAUAUUUUCAGUGUGGAGACUGGAUCUGAGAUCUCUUUAACCGGUUUAGUGGAAGACCAGUUCUCUUCCAUAACCAAUCAGGAGACAGAGAAAGAGCCUGAUUGUCAUCAAAUUCAAAAUCAGCAUAUUAGCACAUUUGACAACUUUGAAGAUUUAUCUCUGGAUGUUGAUGCAGUACGUGACAGUGCUGUCCCAAGAGAAGAUGAAAUCAUCUCACAAGAUGGAUAUUCCGUGAAUACCGAAGACGCUGGACACGUUUCAACUCUUGAAAUCAGUUCAGAAGUUGAAACAAUGAUGUUAGAUACUCCAAAAGAUGUUCAUACAGGAAACAUAACCCCCUCGGCCUCAUCUUGUCAAGAAGACACAUUAGCCGACUCUGAUGUAGCUGAGAUAUCAUCAGAUUCUGGAAAAGAGGAUCCACAACCCAUGUCUAUCAUUGCAGAUGGGAGCAGUGAGCUUGAGGUACAGAUUCUUGAUACUCAAAGUGGCGGUACUGUAUUUGCAGGUGAUAACCAGGCCAGGCUGAACGAUAAGGUCAGUGAGACCGUACCCGAAGUAGACUUGGAAACUAUUGGUGAUGCACAUGAAUGUCUUCCAGGUACUCAAGAAUGUUUUUCACCUGAGUAUCACAUACAGACACAUAGCCAAGGAGGGCAAGAGAGUCAAUCUGAAACAGACUCAGAAAAUACAACAGCAGAAGCAGCAGCCGAGUCUCUUCCUCCACAAGAUGUUCCUCUUGGUGUUCAGUGUUCAACUUCAGAGGAAACACUAACAUGCAACGAAAAUGAAGCUGAAGUAGAAGCUCUUAAUGCACCACACCAAGGAGAUAUCACAUCAUUAAAUGGUAAUUAUAUCCCUGAGUCUGUUCUCUCCAUGGAUCCGACUGAUCAAGAAAAUUGCUUGGAUGUGCCUAUGGCUCCCUUCUCCACGUCCCUCCAUGUAACACCUCAGGAAGAUCUUGAAAUAACGCCUCCUCUCCCGCCUCUUCCUCCAACACAAUGGUGGAUGGGGAAGCUGGUUGAUUCUGUUAAACAAACAGAAACUCAGUUCUCUCCAGUGCCAUACAAUGGGAACAACAGUUUCUACAUUCACAGGGAUGAAAACACACAUAAUGGAUUAGUUCAAGGGACCGAGGCACAAGAUCAGUCAGAAGCCUCAGUUACAGCAGAUGAAAGCCACAAUACUGAUGUUGAUCCAGUUGAAGCAGUGUUAAUUUCAGCAAAAACUACUCUGAAUGAACAAUCUAAAGCAACCGAGGAGGAACAGUAUCAUUCAGAAUCAGUUGCUUGGGAGUCACUACUCACACCUGAAGCUACACCAGAGGCAGAAUCAAUCCAAGGAUUAGAAGCACUUGAGUGGUUUAGUCAGAACUUAAAAGAGCAUACCAAUCCUAACCUUACAAAGCUAGAAGAGAAACCUCAGCUUGAUCAUCCACUAGAACCACCAGGAGAAACAGAAGGAGAUAAUAAAUCAUAUGAAAACAAUGAGAAAGUUGAGAAGCUUCCAGGAGACAAGGAGUCUCUUGUUCUUGGCAUCGAGAGAAGCAUGUUGAGGAAGGUGUCUGAAAGAAACAGGACACAACUUGGAGCUCGAGUGGAUGAGAAUGAUUCACUACUGGAGAUCAUACGCAGCAAGUCAUUCAACUUGAGACCAGCAGAUGCAUCGGUGAGACACAACUUUCAAGUAGCUGCUCCCAUAACCAACUUGAAGGUCGCUGCAAUUCUAGAGAAAGCCAAUAGUCUUCGUCAUGCAAUGGCGGGAAGCGACGACGAUCACGAUUCAGAUAGCUGGAGUGAGUGAAUGAGUCUCCAUGCAUGUAACCUGUAGAUGACAUAUUGAUCAUACACAUACACAAUACAUUUUUGUAAUUUGUAUAGAAGAAGUAUUAGCUUCUUCUCAGAUUGAUUUUUUUUUUUUGUAUCUCGUAAUG